AACGUCCAAACCCUCCGUCGUCAUUACACGCGGACUCGUCCUCCGCCGCCGCCGCCGCCGCGCAGACACCUCCUGCCCCGCCGCCGCCGGCGAUCUACACCGGGGGCGCGCUUGGAGAUUUUUUCUAUGGCGGGGAGCAGCGAGAGCGACUACUACUCGGAGGAGGAGGAGGAGCUGGGAUGGGAGGAGGACGGUCUCGGCAGCGAAGGCGAGGAGGAGGACGCGGAGGCGGCGAGGGAGCGGGCGCUGAAGCGGCUGGACGGCCUCGGGAAGCGCGGGGUGUGCUACCUCAGCCGCGUCCCUCCCAACAUGAACCCGUCCCACGUCCGCCAGAUGCUCUCCAAGUAUGGCGAGGUGCAGAGGAUUUACCUUGUGCCUGAAGGCCAAGGUCAUCGCAAGCACACUAAUGUUCGAGCGAAGGCGUACACUGAAGGGUGGAUUGAAUUUUCCAAGAAAAGCGUUGCCAAGAGGGUGGCUAAUCUACUUAACGGUGAACAAAUAGGUGGGAAGAAGAGGUCUCCAUUUUAUUAUGACAUUUGGAACAUAAAAUAUCUCAAGAAAUUCAAAUGGGAUGAUCUUGUUGGUGAAAUAGCUGAGAAGACUCAUAUCAGGGAGCAGAAACUAAACUUGGAGAUAGCAGCUGCAAAGAAACAACGUGACCACUACUUGUCCAAUGUCGAGAAGUCCCGUACGCUGAAACAUAUUCAGGAGCGUAGGAAAAAGAAACAGAAGACGGAAGGAGCUGAAUUCAAUGAAGUCCGAGAAGAAAAAAUCGCUCGCCCAAUUCCGCAAAAGAAACCUGUUGAGGAGACAGACGCCAAAACUAAACCAAAGCUUCCGAAAGACAUUUUAGCCGGAGUAUUUGGUGGUCCAUAGUGAGUUCAUUCAUGAAUGCUUCCCACCCCUUACCUUGGACUGGAGUAUAGCAAACUGAAUGGAGUUGCGCUGAGAUAAUCGUCUUCUUCAUCCGUUCAUCGUCUGCUUUAUUUUUGUAGAUUAGGUCAUGGUCUUUAGUAACUUGGUUCCUACUUCCUACCUUGAGUAUCUUUUCGUAUUUAUGCUGUGUUAGGGAAGGUUUUGGGACCUGACGAUGAAUGUAUGAUUGGGGUAUUGUCAGUGUCAUAUUAUGCACCCCUGUUUUCUCAGCGAUCAUGGCUGUAAUACUGAAACAGAGUUACAGAAGUACACUGCUCUAGCUUGAAGCAACACACUAAUGUACCUUGAAGGCUGGUAUUAGUUGAUCUUGGUUUUGUGCAAUUGAUGCCAUAUGUUUCUAA